UCCAGUCAUACCAGUGAGUGAGGAUCUCCUGCUUCUUUAUAAGACGGCGUGUUGCCAUGGCAUCGAAUGCCAGCCAUAUGUUGGAGGCUGCCCUGGAGCAAAUGGAUGACAUUAUUGCUGGGAAAAUGGGGGAAGGCCUGUUCAGUGCUCGUAUGCAGUUAGAUGUCAAAGAUUAUCAGUCUCCAGAAUGCAGUCAACAGUUGACCCUUCCCCCACCCUUGGAUCCUGCCCUCAAGGCUCUUCAGCUGACUGAGGCCCUCAGGGCAGUGCUGGAGGGGCAGGGGAAUGAGGAAGGACAGGAUGCUCUCAGGAAACAAGUAUCUGAUGAUACUGCAGAUAUUAUAUUAAAAUGGUUGGGAAGAGGUGGGGUGAGUACUCAUUCCCAGGUUUGUCACCCAUCUAUAACAGUUAUAUAACACCUCACCUAGCAUGCAAAUCCAUAGCUCAGUAUGAAAUAUUUUCAAGCUAAUGUCUAAUUCUAGUACAACAAGAGAACUGAAUUGAUAAAUAUACUAAUAUUUUGGCAUGGACUAGCGCUACAAAGAACAUGGAUUUUAUUAGCUGCAUGAUUUGGCUGUCUUUGAUCCUGGCCAUCAGUACCUGGAGGGCUUUUUCCUGUCUGUGUAGAAGUAGUGAGCUGGAAGCAGGAUCUUUAGCAAAUGGCACUGUUAAUGAGAUCCAGAGCUACUGGUUGAAGCACAAGCAGCUGCUCACUGUUUUUUGGUUGUUGUUUUCUUUUUUAAUUCUCCCUUAUCUCCUUCAUUUCUUUUUCUGCAGUAGUUGUCUGAGUUGUCCUUCAACAGUUUUUGCCCUCUUUUACUAUGCUUCUGCUCAAGUUCGAUAUUGUAAACUUUAUGCUCUUGUUCCCCUUCAGUGUCCUAUAGUGCCCCCCUCCCCUUCUGCUUUGCCUGUACUGACUUCUUUCUCUCCACCACAUCUGACAAGCAUGUGUGGCAAAAAGUUUCCUCUCCCCUGUUCCCCUUUAGGAAGCCCCACAAAAUUAGCUAGGCUAGAAGGUACUUAAGACAGUGCAAGAGAAUACUGGAGACAAGCAGAGAGAAGUCCAGAGAAAGGAAGUCAGGGCAGAAAAAGAUGAAUGAUCAUACAUGAGAUGCAGAAGAAAUGCUGAGUUGUGGUAAACACUGUAGCAGUUUGAGUACAUGUGUUAGAGAAACAGGAGAAAGAAAGAGGGGCAGUUAAAAAGAAGUACAAAAAGGGAAAAGAAGAAAGAAAGGGAGUACAGCCAACUGGCAUAGUUUGACUUAUUCAGCUCAGCUCUAAAAGUCUCAGGCAGCCCAGACUCCAAACCACACGGACUUAGAUCCUCUCUGCACACUCUGCAACUGCAAUGUGGAGGCUCUAUAAAAGUAGGAGAUAGAGAGUGCAGCACAGUAAAGAGCCAUUCUUUCAAAACGCUAUGGAUUUUGUGUUCUGGUUUCUACCAGGGGCUGAAUUCUUUCAGUUUUUAACAUUAAAAGUCAGACCUGCAGUGUAAUGGGCCUGCAGAAUGGAGUAUGAUAUUGAUUUCUACAAACAUUUUGCCUGGCUCAGAAAGGUAAACCUCCAUUCAAACGCUAACAGUGAGUCUUACCAGGAGCGUUUGUCCCGUCUGGAAGGAGACAAAGAAUCACUAAUUCUACAGGUGAGUGUGCUGACAGACCAGGUGGAAGCGCAGGGGGUGAAGAUCAGCGAUUUAGAGUGUUCUUUGAUGGAGCAUCGGCACAAACUCAACUCCACAGAGGAAAUGUUACAGCAGGAACUCCUGCAUAGGGCGUCACUGGAGAACCAGAAGCUGAGUCUUAUGGGGGAGGUGUCCUACCUGAAACUAAAGCUGGCAGACAUGGAAGGAAAACAGGGCCAUGGGGGUGAAAGGCAGCACAAAGCAGAGACUGUAGUGAAUUUCAUUAGUGAGCUGCAGGAGCAAAUAUAUCAGUUUCAGAAGGAAAUCAAUAGCAAGAUCCAGGAGAAAAAGGCCCUGGAGAUCCCAAAUGACAGCAGGCUUCCUGUGGAGUGCCCCGCUGAGUCUUCUGAAAGCCAGGAUUCAAACCUGGGGGUGCCAUGUGACAAAACCUCGGGGAUAAUGAACAAACUGGAGGACGCUCCAAACGGGGCCGAUGGAAACACAACUACCCUGGAAGAGGGCAGUUCAGAUGCAGAGCAAAAGUACUACUGUGGAGGAGAAAGUGGCUUGCUUAAGGAGCUCAGGAUUCUCAAGGACAAAGUCGAACACCUGGAGGAUCAGAAGUUACAGUACGAGAAGAAACUCAAAGCAACAAAGGCAGAGAUCAGCAGCCUUCAGCAGCUCCUGCACAGUAAGAACGCUGAGAUUGAGAGCUUGCACUCUCAGCUGCUGGCCAGACCCUCUUUAACCACAGAGAGCACAGAGAGAGAGGAGUUGUACAGGAAGAGACUAAACACCAAAUAUCAAGAACUGCAGAAGCUUAGGAGUGGUAUGAAAUCACUGGCAGCUGCCAAUGAUGAAAAGGACCGACGUAUUGAAGAGCUCACUCUGCUCCUGAACCAGUGCAGACAGUUCAGAGAGGUCUCUAGUAACGCAAGGCAAGCACCAUCUGCUGUCCGCACAUUGUCGAAUGGCAGGAGCCUGUCAAGUAGCAGUGAGGAAGAAGAGCAGGGUCUGAUGAAGAAUGGUGACACCUCGAGUGCAAAAUCGGAGGAUGUGAAGUCUGAAGCUUCGACAAACAGUUCUGCAUCCCAGCAGACAUCGAUUUCAUCAGUCCAGAAAGACAGCGAUUCCAGAUCAGAAGUACAGACUUUAUCAAGCAGCAUGAAUGACAUAACAAAUGGAAGUGCGCAAAAGACUGGCCCGAGUGAAAUGAGAAGUCACACGCUGCCUGUGAAUUCCUCUCUGUCAGAACAAAAUGGGAUCGGAGACAGCAGCAGUGAAAUACAGAGUCAAAGGUCUCCAGCUGGGAGUGAAGACGGAGACUCAAGCCAAAGAAAGCCAGAGAAAGGUGAUGACAGCACCUCAAGUGACACUUCCCCUGUUCAUUCUGGCCAGCGAGCUGUGGGCUCACCAGAAUACAUGAAGAAUAACAGGAGCUUCAAGAGACUCUGGGGAAAACUUAGAAGAACACAGUCUGGAGGCCUUCCCGCUACAGAUCCAGAUUCUGGGCAAUUUAGAAGAGGGGGACUGCGUGCGACUGCUGGUCCCAGACUGACCCGAACCCCUGAAUCAUUUGACUCAGCACGUGAUAUGAAUAUUCCAUUCAGCCAGUGGACCAAGGAGCAGGUGUGUGGCUGGCUAGAGGACUAUGGAUUGGGCCAGUACGUUAGUCUCUCCAGACAGUGGGUUGAAAAUGGACAAACACUUCUGUCUGCCACACCUCAGGAUUUUGAGAAGGAGAUGGGUAUGAAGAAUCCACUGCACAGAAAGAAGUUGCAGCUCGCUCUGCGCGCAUUCACCACUAAAGCUAUAGAGAAGUCCUCAGAGCUGGACUACAUCUGGGUCACCCGCUGGCUGGAUGAUAUUGGAUUGCCACAGUAUAAAGACCAGUUCCAUGAAGCUCGAAUAGAUGGUCGGAUGAUACAAUAUCUCACAGUGAAUGAUCUCUUGACUCUAAAGGUUACCAGCCAACUCCACCAUCUUAGUAUUAAGUGCGCAAUUCAUGUGCUUCAUGCCAAUAAAUUCAACCCAAACUGUCUUCGACGUAGGCCAGUGGAGGAGAAACAUCCUCCUCCUUCAGAAGUAGUGCAGUGGUCUAACCAUUGUGUGAUGGAGUGGCUGAGAGCAGUUGACCUAGCUGAGUAUGCUCCUAAUCUACGGGGCAGCGGUGUUCACGGUGGACUGAUUAUUCUGGAGCCUCGCUUCAGCUCAGAGACUUUGGCCCUGCUUUUAAAUAUUCCUCCGCAAAAGACUUUGCUCCGUCGUCAUCUCGCAACUGCAUUUUCUGCUCUGGUCGGGCUUCAGGCCAUGCAGGAGAAACGAGAAUAUGGCAAUGCUACGGGCCAUGUGCCCCUCACUACAACCGCAAAAGUAAAGCCGAAGAAGCUGGGCUUCACUCAAUUCAGUCACCUCAGAAAAAGGAAGCCUGAUGAAUCUGCGGACUAUAUCUGCCCGAUAGACAGUGGAGCACUAACAGUAAACGGAGUUUCUCGCCUGCCAUCUUCAGCACAAAGGGGCCUCAGCCCCAGGUUGGACAGACAGGCUGAGAGGGAGGAACAAGUGGGGAUCAAAGCUCAAACUAAUGGCCCCAAACAAUAAUUAAAAUAAAGCACGGAACGCCAUGCUGCCCACCCCACAUAUAUCUAAAUGACUUCAUAAAUCCAGCGGAAAUUCUAAUGCAGACAUUUACCCAUGAUGCAUCUGCUUUGUGAUUUGCUGAAAGGGCUGUGAUGCAGUAUUUAGCAAUUGUUAAUUGUUGUUAAUGUUUAUCUAAUUAGAUAAUAUUCAUCUUAAGAAGGUGAUGAUUAAUGACAGUGUUUGAAUUGUUUUAAUAAAGCUACUCUGCAUUCCUUAUACAGUGGAAUUCCAAGGCUUACAAUUUUGCUUUUAAGCAUUUUAUCAACUAUUUUGUAUGUAGACUUCUUUAGACUUAGUAAGAAUAAUGAUGACCUUUUCUUGUUGCACAUGUGGAUUUUUGUACAGUGUAAUAAUGGAUCAGCUACCUUCAAAAUGUUUAAAGUUACCUUUAAGGCUUCUGUAUAAAUCUGAUUAAACAUUUUUUUGCAGCUUGAAAUAAGGCUUGUUAGUUUAUGGGAACCUAGAACCCAAUUUUGUCCUCAUUUGCAGUAAUUAAAAAUUGUAUUAUAUUUAAUUUAAAAAAAUGAUCCAUAACACUAGUUUCCAAUAAUUUGUGAUGCCAUCUGAUACUUAAAGACUUAAAGAGACUAAAGACUGCCCAGUAACAGUCAAACUUUAAUAAGAAACAAGGAAUUGAUAUCAGGAGAAAGUCUGAAUAUUUGUUUUAAUGGAGCUGAUAAUGGUGCAAUAGUGCAUGUUUUGAUUUUGUUGACGAUUUAAUAAAUUCAUCAAAGAACUAA